AUAGCACUGCAUUCAGCGUUGCAGAGAGCGCGAGCAAGAUCUUUUGGAGUUUUAAUCGAUUUUCUGCAGCAAAAUGCCGAAAUUUGAAGUUAGCAAAGCAGAUGAAAAAUUUGAAGACGCGGAUACCGAAACAAAUGAAUUAAACCAGCAAGAACAAGCCUCGACGGGGGAUAUGAACGAUCAUGGGGCAAAAAAGAACCUGUACUUGUAUGAAGAAGACAUGAAGCAAAUGCCUCGUGUUGCAACUUUCGUAAAGUCACUCGUUAAUUAUCACACUGUUCACCCGUCGGAAAAAGAUGCAGAGGCUAAAAAACCUAAGAUGGCCCAACUUGGUGUUAUAUUUGGCGUAUACCUUCCGACAAUUCAACAUAUUUUUGGGGUGUUAAUGUUCGUUCGCUUGGCUUGGAUAGUAGGUUCGGCGGGAGUUAUUCAAUCAUUUGUAAUGGUCUUUCUCUGCUGUUUGACCACGUUCGUUACUGCUAUAUCGAUGAGUGCCAUAGCAACAAACGGGAUGGUUCAAGCUGGUGGCUCAUAUUUCAUGAUCUCUCGUAAUUUGGGUCCAGAAUGCGGUGGUGCAGUCGGGAUUUGCUUCUACUUGGCGAAUACAUUCGCUGUCGAUUUGUACAUACUGGGUGCUAUCGAGAUCUUCCUACAAUAUAUGGCGCCGCAACUGGCCUAUUUUGGAGAUAUCCACCACAACCCCGACAAUAACAUGAGAGUAUACGGAACAGUCACGCUACUUAUCCUAACUUUGGUCGUUGCGGUUGGUGUCCGUUUCGUGCAGAUGUUCGCUCCGAUAUCCCUAGCCUGUGUCAUCAUUUCGAUAAUUUGUGUCUAUAUAGGAGCCUUUCAAGCAAAUGCCAAUACAAGAGAUGUGAAUAUCUGCAUGUUAGGUAAUAGGCUACUUACUCAUAAAUCAAUUACUGCAAGCGGAAGAGUUUGGUGUUCGAAAAAUACAUCAGGCCCAAUUUAUAAUAACUUCUGCGGAAAUUCAACCGGUGCUACUCCGGAGUCAUGCGAAUACUAUAAAACUCAUAACUUGUCAUAUAUCCCGGGCAUACCAGGUGUUGCUUCUGGCGUAUUUGCACAAAACGCUCACUCUCAUUACUUGAAGGAGAAAGAAGUUGUAAGAGGAGUAGAAGGCAGUCCGGAACGUGGCGAAGUCGUAUCUGAUAUGGCAAUAACUUUUGUAGCUUUGUGCGCAAUAUAUUUUCCAUCGGUAACUGGCAUUAUGACCGGAUCAAACAUGUCAGGAGACUUGAAAGAUCCUCAAAAAUCUAUUCCUAUUGGCACAAUUUUAGCUCAAUUAACCUGCUCAUUCGUUUAUUUGUCGUUUAUUUUACUAUUUGGCGCAACAGCCGAAGGCGCUUUGCUUCGAGAUAAGUUUGGUGAGAGUCUUGGAGGAAGUUUACUUGUGGCGAAAUUGGCAUGGCCACAUCCUUGGGUGAUAUUAGUUGGGGCAUUCUGUUCGACACUUGGCGCUGCUCUACAGUGCCUUACGAGUGCACCAAGAUUACUUCAGGCGAUCGCUCGAGAUAACAUUAUUCCAUUUCUAGAUGUUUUCAAGGUGACAACAAAGAAAGGCGAACCGUUAAGAGCUUUGUUACUAACAACAAUUAUCGCUGAAGCUGGAAUCCUUAUAGCAAAACUUGAAGGCGUUGCUCCCGUAAUCGAUGUUUGUUUUCUAAUGUGCUAUGGGUUUGUUAAUUUAACCUGUGUACUACAAACCCUAUUGAAAACCCCAAAUUGGAGGCCUCGUUUCAAGUAUUACCACUGGACACUGUCUUUGUUAGGAGUUGCUUUGAAUCUGGCUCUUUCAAUAAUGGCUGGCUGGUACUUUGCUCUUGCUGCUUUCGCUAUCGGUGCUUUUAUAUACAAAUACGUUGAAUAUAAAGGUAGUGAGAAGGAAUGGGGCGAUAGCAUCACUGGUUUGUCGUUAUCAGCUGCUCAAAAAGCUUUGUUAAAAUUAGAUGAAUGCGAUCCACAUACAAAAAAUUGGCGACCUCAAGUUUUAGUACUAUGCAAAAUAAAUCAAGAUUUAACACUAAAAUACCCACGAAUAUUCUCCUUUGCAAGCCAACUCAAAGCAGGCAAGGGAUUAACCGUGGUAGCCGCCGUACUAGAAGGGGAUUUUAUUGAACGAGCUCAGGAUGCUGAAGAAGCCAAGCAGAUUUUAAGAGAUGUCCUUAAAGAAGAGAAGGUCAAGGGGUUCGCUAAAAUUCUUGUAACAAAGGAUAUAACCGAGGGUUUAAAUAAUUUAGUACAAACAAUUGGAUUAGGUGGUUUACGACACAAUACUGUUAUGGUUGGUUGGCCUUACGGGUGGAGAAAUUCUACGGAAGAAAGAUCUUGGAAAGUCUUCCUAGAUACUGUAAAGGCUGUGACAGCUAAGGAACUCGCCUUACUUGUACCGAGAGGAAUAAAUAGUUUUCCAUCGAAUUUCGAAAGAAGUAACGGUACUAUCGACGUUUGGUGGAUAGUUCACGAUGGUGGAAUGCUCAUCUUACUCUCUUUCCUACUGCAGCAGCAUAAAGUUUGGAAGCAAUGCAAAAUUAGAAUAUUUACAGUUGCUCAGAUGACAGACAAUAGUAUACAGUUAAAAAAGGAUUUACAAACCUUUUUAUAUCAGCUACGUAUUUCAGCGGAAGUAUUUGUAGAAGAAAUGUAUGAUAAUGAUAUAUCGGCCUACACCGUGGAGAGAACGCUUGAUAUGGAGAAAAGAGCUGAAAUGCUGAGAGAGUUACAUAUGUCCAAGCAAAAAACGAUGGUUCCACGACGAACUUCUAGACCCAGCUUAACCCAGAUACAGGAAAUUGUCGACUCGAGUCAUUUAGCUAAGCUAUCCGACUCGCCCACUGCAAAGAGGAAAGAGGGCAGUGAGAGUAAAACUCGAAGAGAAUCUCUUAGGGAAAAAUUUCGCUCAUCUCGUUCGACUUCAAAAACAGAAAAAAGUGAAGAGAGCAUAAAAAUUGAAAUGGAUACAUUAAAAUUGCCUCCUAGCGGCGCCUCCAAUUUAAAUCCUACAGAUGACAGUGAUGACGAUAAAAAUAAAGUUCACUUUACAUUUUCACCGAGUGAAUUGGAGGAAAUUCAGCAGAAAAUGAGCACUCAAAAACUAUCUGAUCACGAAGGUAAACUUAUGAGAAUGCAUACAGCGAUUAAAUUGAACGAAGCGAUUCGCUCUAAGUCUGGAGACGCUAAGCUCGUUAUCAUCAAUUUUCCAGCCCCACCUGCUAAAUUAUCAGCAGAAGAGAAUUACAUGGAGUAUCUAGAGGCACUAACAGAGGGCUUAGAUAGAGUCCUCAUGGUGCGUGGAAGCGGAAAGGAGGUUGUAACGAUUUACUCUUAACAAAAGAAUGCUUGAAAUUGAUCUUUAGCUUUAAACCACCGAUGAUAUUAUAACAGUUAGAGAACAUCGCGCCUUAUAUAUACACACAUAUUCAUUUAUGUACUAUAUAGCAUUUAGAUGCCUAUGUGUGCAUAUAUGGGUAACUAUGCAUAUGCAGCAUAUGUAUUGUAUUCAUAUAUACAAUUCAUAAGCAUAGUAUAUAUGUCUAACACAUAGACUGUAUAUACAGUAUAUGAUAAAUUCUGAUAUAUAUAUAUAUAUAUAUAUAU